CCACGUUGCGACUCAGAGUCAAGGGCCGCGCUCCCGGGAGCAGGGCAGGAGGCGAGUUGGUUGCCCUGGAGGCGGGUUGCGAGCGCGGGUCGCGGCGGGCAGAGCCAUGAAGAUGCACUUCUGCAUCCCGCGGUCCCAGCACCAGCCCGACGCGCUGGGAGGCCGCUUCGUGCUGUACUCCGUGUACCUGGACGGAUUUCUCUUCUGCAAGGUGCGCUAUAGCCAGCUGCAUCGUUGGAAUGAACAGCUGAAACGAGUCUUUGGCAAUUGCCUGCCACCCUUUCCACCAAAGUACUAUCUUGCAAUGACCGCAUCUAUGGCUGAUGAGAGAAGGGACCAGCUAGAACAGUAUUUGCAAAAUGUAACUGUGGACCCAAACAUGUUGAGAAGUGACGUCUUCAUUGAUUUUUUAAAACUGGUGCAGCUGGACACAUUUAGCAUCACUGCCAGGAAAGCCUCCCUGGAGAUAUUUCUGCCCAAUGGAAGGAGCAUGAAAGUGGAAAUCCUCACAUCAGAUACCACCGAAAGAGUCCUAGAGGUGGUGUCACACAAAAUUGGACUAUGUCGGGAUCUCUUGGGUUACUUCGGCCUAUUUCUUAUUCGGUUUUGCAAGGAGGGGAAGUUCUCUGUCAUGAAAAAAUUGGCAGACUUUGAACUCCCUUAUGCCAGUCUUCAAAGUUCUGAAGUGGAAAACUGCAGGGUUGGACUCAGGAAGUGGUAUCUGGAUCCAUCCCUUGACUCCAAGUUGAUGGACUGCAGAGCAGCUGUGGAUUUGAUCUAUAUGCAGGCAAUACAGGACAUUGAGAAAGAAUGGGCCAAACCUACACAGGCACAGAAGCAGGACUUAGAAGCUCUUCAGAGAGAAGCCAACCAAACAAAGUUUCUUGAGCUGUCGCAGGAGAUCCAGCACUAUGGAUACAUGCAGCUGGAUCCUUGCACCUGUGACUACCCAGAACCAGGCUGUUCAGUCACACUUGCUGUUGGCAACAGCGAGAUCAGCUGCUGCAUAACCCUGCCUGACGACCAGACCCAGAGCAUCACCUUCCAGAUGAGCAGCAUAAGGUGUUGGCAGGUCACAUUCUUCGGGACACUAUUGGAUAUGGAUUAUCACCAGAGAACUCUCAACCAGAGCUUGGAGCUCAGAUUUGAGUACAUCAAAGACAGUCACUCUGAAUGGUUUGUUAUUUAUACCAAACAGGCUUUUUUGCUGAGUAGCUGUUUGAAAAAGAUGAUAUCAGAAAAGACAGCAAAGAAAGCUGCAGAGAAUCCAGAAAUGCAGAUUGAAGUUCCAGAACAAGGCAAAAGUGAAAAAUACCACAUUCAACAAAUUCAGAGAGACUUUUCUACUUUUCUAUCAAGAAAAGGCAAGAUUAACACAGCUGAAGCUAACUACAUAUUUGGGACCAUAACAGAAGAAGAUCUUUGAAGAGAAAGACUUAAAAGUUGUUGAUUUGCCACUGAUUUAUAGUACUCUAACAUUCCUGAAACACACCUCUCUUUAUAUAUAUAGACCACACUAUCAAAGUCACACUUUGCAAAAUGUCCUCUAAGACUAGCUUGACAGUGAAAGACCUUGGAGAUUAAAAAAGAGCCUUUGUGGAAGAAAGUUGACCCUUUCCCACAUUUUUUUUUUUUUACAUUAAAUGAAUCAUACUCAUCAAGACUACUUUAAAAUUAUAUUAAUCUCUAGAUUAAAAAUAAAUAAAAAAACAAUGUUAAACAUUUUAAUUAUAACUAGCAAAUCCAAAUCCAAAUUCAUUAGUAUGAAGUCCAUUCUUUAACUCCCUUAAAAUAGAUGCUUACCUGGCUUCAUGAAUCUUUUCUAUGUCCUUCUGUUACAUGAAUGGAAAAGGGGUUUAUAGAAAACACUAUGAAGCAUUGGCGGUUAAAUUCUAAAGACAUGACUUAACAGUUGAGAAAAAUGUUAGUCUAAGAAAUAGAAUCAUUGAAAAAAGAAAUCUAGACUUCACUGAUCCCUCCCAGCACCAGAGCAAGAAGAUAGUGAAAUACUUAUUUGUUUCUUUAUAUAAUUCUGUGCUUAAGAAUAUCAUUGGGGGAGGAGCAUCUGGUUAAGCACACAAAUUAUUGUACGCACAGACCUGGGAUUGAGCCCCCACUCCCCACCAGCAAAGGAACACUUUACAACUGGUGAAACAUGUUUCUCUUUCUCUAUCUCACUCUCCCCUUUCAAUUUCUAUUUGUCCUAUCUAAUAAAAAUAGAAAGAA